AUGUCGCUGAGCGCUCGGGGGAGCAAAAAUCCGAUGGUGCGACACAAAUCGACGGAGGGGAAACAGCCGAAGGGUGGCAUGAUUGAGGCGAUUAAGCUGAAACUUCACUCUGACCGUGAUCACCAUUCAAAUGCCGCUCCACAUUCGCCGCUCCUGAAUUCAAAACUUGAAGGCUACACCGAAGAAGAGCUUGCCGAAUAUCGACAAGUCUUCAACAUGUUUGAUACAGAUCGUUCUGGAGCUAUCGGACUAGAGGAGCUUGAAGCGGCUAUGAGGAAUCUAGGACUAGAGCAGACAAGGGAGGAAUUGGAUCGAAUAAUUGAUGAGGUAGAUCAACGUGGUAAUCACGAAAUAGACUUUGACGAGUUUUGUGAUGUCAUGAGACGCCUUUAUGACAGGGAAAAAGAGCUGGAACAGUGUCAUCAAGGAUCUGAAUCCGGGGUAAUCUCCAAAAAAGAUUUCCAAUAUAUUCUUCGCGAGCUCGGGGACAUCACCGACUCGACGAUUCAAGAUGAAAUAUUUUUGGAGGCCGACGUUGAUGGCAACGGUCUGAUCGACUAUGACGAAUUUACGUAUAUGUGUAAAAAUUAUAUGCUGGACGAGGAUAUUAAU